CCUGGGAGGGUGAGUAGGGCCGGCCGCCAGGGUUGCGGUCUUGGUCUCCUCGGAACUGGAGACCCUCCCUACCCUUCGGCACCCAGAGCUUUGGUCACCUAGUAGCACCUGUUGCAGGUGACAGGGUUUGGCGGUCCAGCUCCUUCGGUGGCCCCUCGCUGUUUCUGAGACCUCCAGGCUUCUAUGUUCCUAGCUUCGCCUUGUCUCUCCACCACAGACAACUCUGGUCACUCAACUCGCCCGGUUGCUUUGAAGAAAGAAGAUAAAGAGUAGAAAUACAUCAUGUCGGAGAUACUAGACCUCUCUUUUCUGUCUGAUAUGGAAAGGGAUUUGAUCCUUGGUGUUCUGCAGAGAGAUGAGGAACUCAGAAAAGCAGAUGAGAAAAGGAUUAGGCGACUGAAGAAUGAGCUCCUGGAGAUAAAACGGAAAGGUGCCAAAAGGGGCAGCCAACACUACAGUGAUCGAACCUGUGCCCGGUGCCAGGAGGGCCUGGGCCGUUUGAUUUCCAAGAGCAACACCUGUGUGGGGUGCAAUCAUUUAGUGUGUCGAGAAUGCCGCGUUCUGGAAAAUAAUGGUUCCUGGAGGUGCAAGGUGUGCGCCAAGGAAAUAGAGCUGAAGAAAGCAACUGGAGAUUGGUUUUAUGAUCAGAAAGUAAACCGCUUUGCAUACCGAACAGGCAGUGAGAUAAUCAGGAUGUCCCUGCGCAGGAAGCCUGCAGCAAGCAAAAGAGAGCCAGUGGGUCAGUCCCUCCUUCAGCAGCCACAGAUGGGUGAGAUCUGGCCAGGAAGAAAGAGCAUUCAGGAACAACAGAGGGAACCCAGUGUGCCGUUCGAGGUGCCAAAGCUGGAAAGUGGAAAGAGCACGCUGGAGGCUGAGAGCGAGAGUCUGGAUAGCUACACAGCUGACUCGGAUAGCACCUCCAGGCGAGAUUCUCUGGAUAAAUCUGGACUCUUCCCAGAAUGGAAGAAGAUGUCUGCUCCCAAAUCUCAAGUUGAAAAGGAAGUUCAGCCAGGGAGCCAAAAUGCAGUCUGUGUUGACGAGGGUGACAUGAUAUUCAAGAAGAACACCAGAAAAAUCCUGCGGCCUUCAGAAUAUACUAAGUCUGUAAUAGACCUGCGCCCAGAAGAUGUGGCACAAGAAAGUGGCAUCUUGGGAGACAGGAGCAAAUCUGUACCGGGCCUCAGUGUGGAUAUGGAAGAAGAGGAGGAGGAAGAAGAGGACAUUGACCAUCUGGUGAAGUUGCAUCGCCAGAAACUAGCCAGAGGCAGCAUGCAAAGUGGCUCCUCCAUGAGUACCAUUGGCAGCAUGAUGAGUAUCUAUAGUGAAGCUGGUGAUUUUGGGAAUGUCUCUGUGACUGGCAAGAUUGUCUUUUCUCUAAAGUUUGAGCAGAAAACACAGACUCUGGUCAUCCAUGUAAAGGAGUGCCACCAGCUGGCCUAUGCUGAUGAAGCAAAGAAGCGUUCUAACCCAUAUGUGAAGACUUAUCUUCUGCCGGAUAAGUCCCGCCAAGGAAAAAGAAAAACCAGCAUCAAGCGGGACACCAUCAAUCCACUCUAUGAUGAGACCUUUAGGUAUGAGAUUUCAGAAUCUCUUUUGGCACAGAGGACUUUGCAGUUCUCCGUUUGGCAUCAUGGUCGCUUUGGCAGAAACACUUUCCUUGGAGAGGCGGAGGUCCACAUGGACUCUUGGAAGCUGGAUAAGAAGCUGGAUCAUUGCCUCCCUUUACAUGGAAAGAUCAGUGCUGAGUCCUCACCUGGCUUGCCAGCACACAAAGGCGAGUUGGUGGUUUCAUUGAAAUACAUCCCAGCCUCCAAACUCCCUGUUGGAGGUGACCGGAAAAAGAGUAAAGGUGGGGAAGGGGGAGAACUCCAGGUGUGGAUCAAAGAAGCCAAGAACCUGACGGCUGCCAAAUCAGGAGGGACUUCAGACAGCUUUGUCAAGGGAUACCUCCUUCCCAUGAGGAACAAGGCCAGUAAGCGUAAAACUCCUGUGAUGAAGAAGACCCUGAAUCCCCACUACAACCAUACAUUUGUCUACAAUGGUGUGAGGCUGGAAGAUCUACAACACAUGUGCCUGGAACUGACUCUAUGGGACCGGGAGCCCCUGGCCAGCAAUGACUUCCUGGGAGGGGUCAGGCUGGGUGUUGGCACUGGGGUCAGUAAUGGCGAAGUGGUGGACUGGAUGGAUUCGACUGGUGAAGAAGUGAGCCUGUGGCAGAAGAUGCAGCAGUACCCAGGGUCUUGGGCAGAAGGGACUCUGCAGCUACGUUCUUCAAUGGUCAAACAGAAGCUGGGUGUAUGAGUCCCUAUCUUUAUCUGCAGGUGCAGCCCUGGUCAGUCCAAGUCAAAAGAAGCUAAGCAACCACAAGGAGAGAUUGCUAAUUUAAUGUGUGUGCAUGUAUUUGUAUAAACAUAUAUUUCUGUAGGUCUUAUGUUGCUAGCAAGUGUGACAUAGAUGUGUUCCUUUAAAGCAGCCCAAGAAUAAGGGUCUUUUCAAAUGGUUUUUAUUUAUGUAUAGUUUAGUAUAUUUUCAGAGUACAUAGUUGCCUCUAUCUUUCUGUGGUUUAAUUAACUUUAAAAGCCUUUUACAGCAACUCUCUCCCUUCUGUCUUGCUGUCCUCGCUCCCACUUCCCCUGGAAGUAUGGCUGCUUUUGGCAGUAGUUCUAGUUUGUGGAUCUAGGUAUGCCUGAUCAAGGCUCUGGAGAGCAAGGUUUGUUGUUAAAGACAGUACACUAUGGGGAGGGGUUUAUGACCAGUCACUCCCCUUCAGUUCAUAUUUUAUUUCAUCAUCCACCUUGAUGUAUUUUUAGAAUUUGCCUUUUAACUUUUCUUGUUUUUAAGCAAUUUCCACCUUGCAUGAGUAUAGUGGGUUUCUUUGAAAUGCAAUGAAAAUUCCCCAUCUCCUUCCUAGACCUUUGGGGAGCGCUUAUAAUGGAGUCACUUUAGAAAAAUCACUUUAAUUAGAUAAUGGCCUUUUCACUGAGACAUUAAGAUGCCCUGUGAGACCUACUAGCUGAUCCCAGAAGGUUUAAGUGACUCUGAAUAAAGUUUUUCAAGGCCCAUGCUGAGUUCUCUCUUUUAAACUGUUAUAGCAGUUGUUGAAGAGGGAUUUCCUUAUUUCCCUAAUGGAAGAUGAGACAUCUUCACUCUCAUGUACUAUAGCUUUCUCUAAGUCUGUGUCUGGGGUGUACUGCUACAUAGAACUUAGUCUAUAUACCUCUGUUUCAGCCAGAAGAGCCAAAGACUGUCUAAACCAAUACAGUGCUCCCCAGGAUGGGGACUAUUGCCACCCCAUGGAAAUGUGGAUGGAAUCGCCCAUCUAUUCUGACUUUUGACCUAAUAUAUUUUCAGUUCCCAAUUUUGGUUGUUUCCUAAAUGUGACCUAUAUGUAACAGGGUGGUGUGUUGAGACUUAAAAGAGAUAUCUAAUGAGCUUUCAUUUCCUGCUAUUCAUUCUUCUAAACUGGACUUUUCAUUCAAAGCAGCCUAUCUAUACAGAGGUGUGUGUGGAAGGUGUUGGUGCCAGAGAAGAAAUCCUGUCGAUGGAGCCAGCUGCGAAUUGAUGUUCCUAUAAAGUCCCUGGAUUGCAGACAGCUGGGGUGGUUAAGAUUGUAUGUGUGAAUUGCAUAGAAUGUUUGUCAAAGAUCCCUUCAAUAUGGAUUGAUGCUGGGAUGGAACUAUAACUCAAGAGUCUGGGCUCACACUUGUUCUUUGCUAUUCCACAUCAACAUGCAUGCGUGUUUCAAUAAAGCUUUCUCACUUGAGUGUUUA